UAAUGUUUCCCAUAAUUCAGAGAGACAAACAAAAAGCCCCUGGUCGCGUCUUUAUAUCAUUAAGUCAUAAAUAACUCCGUAAUAAUUAUUUUGAGACAUUUUUGAAACACAGUUGUUAUACACCUGCGCAUUUUAAAUUCACUGUUUGACAUAAUCAGUGUGAAUGUAUUGAGCUGUUGUAAGGAUGUGUUCUCAUAGAGACCUCCGAGGAGUAUGCCACUGAUCCUGUUUGCCUUUGUGGUCCGGGUCAGGGAUGGACUCCCUCUCUCCGCCUCCACUGAUUUCCUGCAUGACAAGGAACUUCAGGAGAGAAAGCAACAGCUGAAAGUGAUCUCAAAAUCCCUAAGUUUUUUACCAGAGAGAGGGACAGUCAAGGGCCAUGAACUCAACAUUCACUUCCUCUCAUCCGAGGGCGUGUCCUACAUGACCGUAUGUGCAUGCAGUCUCCCUGCUGCCAAGGCCUUCUGCUUCUUGGAAGACUUGCGCUGGGAAUUCACAGCAUGCUUUGACAACUCUGCAGUGACCCUGGCAAGCCGGCCGUACCCAUUUCUGGAGUUUGAUAGUGCCAUUCAAAAACUUCAGCAGCAUUAUAACCAGAAAGGGGGUCCAUCUCUGGAGGUGACCCUGGCCGAGGUGCAGGAAGACCUCAGGAUCAGCCCCCCUCAGGUUCUCACCAUGGAGGACGUGGCACUCACCAAUGGAGCAGCAAAUGGGCAUGUAGAACAAGCAGCUGCAUCAGGUCAAAGUCAGAGAUUGGAACCAAUCACAGCACCAGGGAUCCUCUCACUGGUUCUUAACAUCAUGUGUGCUGCCCUCAACCUUAUACGUGGUGUUCAUCUUAUUGAAUACACUUUCCAGGAUGAUUAUGAUGGUUUGUGGAAUGUGGUGGCAUUUCUUUUGGCAUUUCUCUGCUGUGUUUGCCAGUGUCAUCUGUACUUGUUCCACACCUGCCAGAAGAAAUUGAAAGCCUUCACUCUCUUGACUCUCAUCAUCUUAUGCAAUGCUUUUCUCUUUGGCCUGAGGAACAUCUGGCAGCUGGUCUUCCACAUGUCUGUGGCCUGCCUCUCCACACUGCUAACCCUCCACCGCAAACUGCUGGACAAGAACAUGGACUGUGGAGUAUGAGGACUUCAGCAGUAGGGUGAGAUACCAGCAGAGGGGACGAGACUUUUUACUCGUGAACUGGUGGCUGACGUAAACUGACACUGAUUUUGGCUUUAGCUCUUGCUUUGAUCUAAUGUUAUGAUGUUUAUUUUGUAUUACAUGGAUAGUGAGUGCAAUGACUUUUUUACAGGGGUCUUCGAAUACAUUGAUGCACAUCAAAAAUCAAGUUGUUAAUGACAUUUUGUGAAUGUAAUAUGGAGGAAUUGAUGAACAGACAUGAAGUAAGCAUUUUGCUGAUUCUGUUGUUAAUUUUAUUUAUUUGCUGCAAAAUAAGAAUACUUACCAUUGUUUAAGCUAAUUUAAACUUAAUCUUUUUUUUGGGAAGGGUUCAUUUUUUGUCAGUUAAAUUGUUAUAGAACUAUAAAUUCACAUAUAUUGCUUGUAAUUGAUUGAAAGUGGGCAUGGUAGUGACUUCGGUGGUCUUGUUUCAAUAUCAGGCAUUUUAUGUUACACUGUAAAAUGUCAUACGUUAUAUCUACCCAAAAAAAUCAGACAACAGAUUACAAGCAAUAUUAAUAAUUAAAUUCAAGAAAUAGAAUUGAGUUAGAAUUAUUCAAAUUAAUUCAUUAAAUGUCAAACAUUAAAAACGAGAAUUUAAGUAAUUUAUGAAAAUUUAAGUAAAAUAUAAUAUCUGAACAACAGAUAGACGUCAAAGAUGAACUAAGAACUCUUUUUUUAUUGUCAACA